UCCAGCCUUCCACUGGAAGAUAAACUAAAACGCAACCAUAAUCUUAUAAAAACCCUCGCUUCAAAUCCCUUGUUACCUUGCAUACUGUUUCAACUUUCAUCCAAGUCAUAGUAAAUACAGACUGUGUAUUUUCAUAAUAUCAUCUUUCUUCUUCAGUAGUUUAAUCAAUAUGGAGACUAAGAUGGUGGAGCUCAGUUCAUCUGCUCAAGCUGAACUCACUUGGAAGAUUGAAAAUAUAUCAAAAUUGAAUGAUGAUGAAGUAACUAUCUCUGAUACAUUUAAUGUUGCUGGUUAUAAAUGGAAAGUGUUCAUUUCUCCAAAGGAAAGAGGGGCUUUGUUAUCAUUGCUCCUCGUCGCUUUUGACCCGAUCAAAUUACCGCAUGUGGAGCACAGGUUUACAAUUUUGAGUCGGAUGGAUCGCAACAACGAAGUCAGAAAUGAAAUGGUAUAUAAGAUUGUUUUACACAAUGGCGACCAGGGUUGGUCGUCAUGCAUUCGUCUUAGAGAUAACGAUUCCCCUGAUAAAGGCUACAUUAACAUCAUGGAUGACACUUGUCUCCUUAAAAUUAAGAUUUGUGUAGGAUGAAUGAGGAGCCUACAGACAAAGAUGCAUGAAGCAGAAUCAAAUUAAAAUGAAAGCAACUGAAAGUAUGAGUUCAAGAAGUGGGAUGCCCAGAUGAAGAUGAAGAGUGGAGGAUCUAUCUAGUUUAUCUAAGCGUUUUAGUAGUGUAUUUGUUAGUUUUCCUAGUUCUUUUAUGUGCGCGUCGCUAUUUUGUAGCUGGAUUUUGGAUGGAUGGAUACAUUUGUGAGCCUGACCCUAAGAACAAAUCUGCUUUGGUUGCAACUAGGACGCAGUACAGCUAGCUGCUCAUUCCGGUGUAUCUACAAUUUGUGAUAAAGCUUUUGUUUCCUGUUUUGUUGUGUUAGAACUUGUUAUAAUUAGUCAU